CCCGCAAAGUGGGUGUACAAAUCCAAACUUUCCCGCUCAAACGUGCUUACGGACGGUUUCUUUCAUCAAGAGCAGCGAUUAGUUCAUCAACAACGCACAUAAGCCAACUGACCCGACUCUUAUUAUUGGCUACUAUUUCGUGACGUGCACCUCAAAAUAUAUCUUCAUUGGCCGGUCAUGAACAUACGUCACCGCCAAUGCUAAACCCCAUUUCUCCUUGCCUUUUUUCUAUUACGGGAGAAUAAAAUCUUCUCUCUCGCUCAUGAUCCCAUAUUAAUACUAAUUAAUUAGUUAGGGAAUUAAUGUAUUCUCAAAAUUCAAAAAUUUCCCUCUGCUUCUCUCCAUUCUUCUUCUGUUCUUCUGUUUCAUUCUGAAAUUCUACCGUUUUACUUUCUCUCCAUCAUGUAUGCGUGUAAUGUUAUCUGUCUGUUUGACUGAAAUUUAUGGAAAUGGACGGUGUUGAUGAUCAGAAGAAGAAUCUGGAAGAGGGAAAGAUUCGAUUUUCAGUAACUUUGGAGAACCGAUAUGACAGUUUAGAGCUUUCCGACAAAAGGAAUCCUCAGGAAUUAGAAAAUGCUGGUGAUAUACCUGGGCAAAGCAAACUGGAGCCUUCACUCUCAGAUUCUCUGGAACCAGAAAGACCAAGAGGAACUGGCAAUUACAAUUUGCGCAAAAGUUUAGCUUGGGAUAGCGCCUUUUUCACUAGUAAAGGAGUUCUGGAUCCUGAGAAUGAUGAUUUUGAGCUGUUUGACACUGGGAAUUCUCUGGAAUUGGAGAAUGCAGCUGACAUAUUUGGACAGAGAGAACACGAAUAUUUGCCAUCUGAUUCUUUGGAACCAGAAAUUCCAAGUAGAGAUGGAAAGUUUAAUUUGCGCCAAAGUUUAGCUUGGGAUAGUGCCUUUUUCACAAGUGAAGGAGUUCUGGAUCCUGAGGAACUCUUUAUGAUAAACAAAGGAUUCAAGAAGGCUAAAACACGUCUACUACCUGGGAUUAAAGAAGAACUUCAGAGAUCUGCUGAGUCGAAUUCUACAAUAGAUAGUGAUCGGUUCUCUUUAGAAAGCCUUGAAAUUGAUCUGUUUGAAGAUAUUAGAGCAUCCAUCCAGAAAUCAACCUCAGAGAAAUUGGAUGCUGCCUGUCAAACUAGGAUGAAAACGAUGCCAGCUAUCACAAGGCAAACUAUUAAUGUGCAUGGAUCACAGAGAACUGCAAAGGAGAUUUCAAUUCAUACACGAGUGCAGGCUACUGGAAGCAGAGAGUCAAUUCCCUUGCCUCUCAAGCCACCAAAGAUGUUAGGCCAGAGUAACUCCAUUUCAGCAGCUCCAACCAAAAGGGUUCCUUUGGGUGCAAACCGUGUCGAAGUGGAAAAUAGGAAUGCUAAGACUACACUUGGGAAACGUUUGGUAGUGACCCGGCAACCAUGUUUGGUCAACUCUUGCAGUAUCAUCCCUAGCUCUACACCCUCCCCAAGAUCAUCUUCAGGUUCUGCCACCGCUACCAACAAAUCAACGGUUUCUUGUUCCCCAUAUGAUAGGUCUGAUAGUGCUUCAUCUGAUGCAACUGGUAAAUCUCCCUCAAACUCUUUGAGAAGAAAAAUUGAUUCAAGGAGUAUUAAUCUGGCAACCUCUGUCUCUACCCUCAAAACGCCUCUUCGAUGCUCAACAAAAACUAAAAAUGAUGUUAGAAAUUCUGGUCACUCUUCUAGUUGGUUCUCUAGUUCAUUGUCUGCACAGAAGCCUUCCUCUUGCACAUCAUCUACAAGCUCCUUUGAUGGAUGGUCAUCGGAAUCAUCAUCAUCAACUGUCAACCAAAGAUCUAAUGGUUCAAAAGCAAGUCUGGAUGGUGCUCCUUACCAAGGGUUUUCCUUUGACAAUGACAUCAUUCAAGCAUCAGAUAUUGAGAGCCAUCCACCUAAUCAAUCCUCUGUUGGAUCCAAAAGUCACAGAACAAGAUUGCCCAAUCAAUACAUCAAGAAAUGUUCAAUGGUUAAUGGUCCUGUUUCUCCAAAUGUUUCAGGAAACUCCAAACCUUCAAGUCUUCGAAUGCCAUCCCCAAAGAUUGGGUUUUUUGAUGUGGAAAAAUCUAUGCCCACUGGACUGAAUGGGAGUUUCCAGUUUCGUUCUGGUGCACAAAGUACAUUGGCUAAAAGCGGGACUAGAAUCAGUAAUCUCAGUGGGGCUGCCAAUAGAGCAAGGCGGGGUAAGCUUCAGCCAGCAAGAACUUCAAUAGGGACUCAGAAUGUGAAGCGAGGUUCUCACCAAACUGAAGUUUCAUGUCCUGAUUCAGGAAUGAAUCCUGCAUAUCCUGUGCAGUUUCACAAUGUUGAAGAUGCUUCUAAGAAAGGGUCUGGCUUGUUGAGAACCACAAGAAGUCAUCUUGGGAUGACUGUAAAGAAUCAGAAUGUUUCAUCUACCAAAGUUAGUAGAGAAAAUUGCUCAAAAACUCCAGAAGUGGGCUCUAGUUCAAAGGCUGAAAAUAAAGGGGCUCAAGCAGUUUUGAAGGAUAGAAUGAGAAGGGAGAGCAAGGGAACAGUCCAUGUAAAAGCCAACAAGACUCUUACCAAGGAAGGUAGACCCCAUCAUUCUCGUGAGAAUAUGAAUCUCCAAAGAAAAGAGCACGAGGAGGUCAGCCAAAACAGUCCUCAAGAUAAUCAGUCUCUACUACACAUGAAUGAAAAGGAAAACUAUUUUGAAGAUCAAGUUGAUGGUUUAAGCAGACAGGUCAGUGUCAUUGAUCUCAGCAGGGAUGUGGUGGUUGAGCCUAGAGGGAAUGUCUUGUUCCAACCUUAUUGUCAAUAAUUCUGGAGCUUGUUAUUAGCCCAUUUCUCACGAAUGGCUUCUUCAUGGGGAAAAGGGCCCCCACCUUUCCCAGAGUAGGUCUUUUUAUAUUGUUGCUGAAACCUGUGUAGAUGGUCAGAGAUUGGAGUGAAAGUUCAAAGGUAACAGGGUCUGUUCUGUUAUUCAGUUUCACGUUGAAGCCUUUUUUUUAAGACAUAGCAUCAAACGCGAUGUAAUGUGAUGCAUUUGAUAUGAUUGUGUUGAAUGUUAUGUUACUUCUCAAAUGGUAAUGAAUUCAAUUCUUUUGUGCC